AUGCUAAAAAAAUGUAAUAAAUGUGGAUUUCAACAAAACGAAUUUCUUCACAUAGGUGGUAGAAAUUAUUGUAAGAAUUGUAAUUACGAAGUAAAUAUAAAUAGUAAUCAAAUAUUAGCACAAAAAGAAAAAACAGCUCACGAGUUAAAAUUAGCACUUGGCAACCUUCGUUUUAUGCUGGAAGCCUUGGAAAAAUUUACUGAAAGAGCCUAUGGCAAUAACUAUCCUAGUUUUAGGAGUCAACUUUAUGAAAGAAAAGUCGAGGAUGAUAAUUAUCCUCUUGAAAAUAGUAGAGAGCAAUUUUUAACUCAAUUACUAAUAAUGAGGGGGGUAUGUAAAGGCGAACCCGAGUUCUUUCGGAAUGAAAUAAAAAAGGAGUUUCAUAAAUGGUUUAGUGCCACGGGAAUUGAUGUUAAUAAUUGUCCUGAUGAGAUAAAAAAUUAUUUGUUUGAGGUUAAUGAGGUGUUGGAAGACAGAGGCGAAAAAAUUGUUGAGGAAAAUGAAGCCAGAAUUAAAAAUAUGAAGUUUGACCCAAAGGGUGUGAUUGGACUGUUUGGUGCUCUUCAAGAACCUAUGAAUAAGGCAAGAGAAGAAAAGAAAGAUUAUGAAGAUUUAAUAUUAGUGACGAGCAAGGAGAAGAAGGUUGAGGAAAUUGACGGGGUGAUUACUGAAUAUGACGGUCAUGGCAGAACAACCAAAAGACAAAAUGCCCUUAUUCAUAAUUCAGCCGAGGAAAUAAGACAAAUUAACAAAGCGUUGGGAAUUACCCAAACUACUUCACAAGGACAAAAUUAUCGUCAACAAUUAUUAAAAGUUGAACCAGAAUCGGUCAAAGCAGUUAACAAGUCCAACCAGGAUAAUAAUAAAGGUGGCAUUUUAGCCAUUAUUGGUGCCAUUAGUGCGUUAGCAAUUGCCAGUGCGUGCUCCCCAAAUUAUAAUAAAAAUAUGGUAAAUAAUAACCUAAUAACCAAAGAAAAUUACAAAAAAGUUGAGGAAAUUAGAGAAUUAGAAAGCCAAAUACCUACUUAUGAGGAAUUUGUAAAGAAUUACCAAUCCGACCAAGAAGUAAAUAGUAGUUAUGAGAAUGAGAUAGAAAUCUAUAAUGAUAUAAGCAGUCCCAAAACCUACGGACCGAUGUAUCGGGCUUCGGCAGAAAGUUCAAGGGAGGCAUUUAUCCCUUUAAAAAUACGCUGUUUAGAAAAUAAUUCGGGAAUUAUUUCCACUCAACCAGUCAAAUUGACAUUAACGCCUUUAAAAGAGCCUUAUUCA